GCAUGGCGACGGAGAAGCCUCGCUUAGCGUCUCAUCUGCUUAUGAGUUAGCAUUAAGGUUUGUUUUUGUUAUUCUAGCUUCCUACGUAAGCGAUUUAAAAUGUUUACUGUCGCGCGCACUGUGCUUUUUGAAUGUAGCAGUUAUUUGCAGUCCGCGUCGGGGAAUAUUCACGAGGAAAAUGGGAUACGCUGAGUUUGACAUCAAUAUGGAAUCGAGAACAGGGAGUGUGUCAUCUGUACUGGGCUCCAGCACUGGGAGGAGAGCACAGACUUUGAAAAACAGCUCUUUCUGUAGUCACUCAUCCAGCAAGUUGACACAGUCCAUCGUUAGAGACCACAUGGUGUCUCAUUACAAAAAGGUUUACUCGGCCAAAGCUGCCAUUGAUAACUCUGUGCCCAGAAGCAUGGUACACAGUGUGAAGUACAAUGACCAAAUCCAACAGGAUCGUGUCAGAAAAGGCAGUCGUCCUCAGUCGGCUCGUUCUCUCCCACAGAAGCACAGCAGAGCCUUCCGCUCCCCAGCCCAGAGCAGACUAUCCAUGCAGUAUGAUGACGGCAGAUAUCUCUACUCGAGAAGCUCCGUGGUCUCUAGCCCUGGAUUCGGCACCUCAUUUCACGUGAAGGACAUUGAUUAUCCAUCCCAUAAACCGGCUCCUCCUCAUCACAGCCGCCCGGCGUCACAACAAUUAAAUGCUCGCAAUUUGGAGGCAGCUCUGAUCAGAAAACAGUCAGCACUUUCCCUGGCAGCUUCCGGAGGUCAGAGCCUCCACAAAUCUUUCCAGGACCCAUUCCAGAAAACGUACAGCGGGGACCUGCUCCAGAAACACUCGCAGAACUUUACACCAGACAAACCUUUCACUCCAAAGACACUGAAGUCCGACAGGAGUUCAUAUCUGGAGAAAUAUCGCUACUACAGAGCACCGCGCAGGAAGCCCACUCAGGACUGCAGUAACUCUGAACAGGACACAAAUAUUGAGAGCACAAAACCUAAAGAAUGUACACAGGAUGUUGAUGAGCCAUCUCAGGGAUUCAUUUCAGAGCAGGUUUGGUUUGAGGAGGAGCUGAACAGCACUUACUUCUUAGCAUCCAGACCACAUGGUAAAAUGAACAGGAGCAGAGACUGUUUACUCUUUGACUCCUCCUCCAGGGUCUCAUCAGACAGAUAUAAAUCUGCCCUAAUGAGGAAAGUAAAUGCAGAGGAAGAAGAACUAAAAUACUUGGAAUUCAUUUCUGCUGUAACAGAGGAUAUCUUGACCAGAAGUUUUAUUUCUGACAGGGUCAUAGAACGAGUGAUGAAACGCCACAUUGAUAUGAAUCGGCACCAGCUCGAUGAGGAUAAAAUGCGCCACCUUCUGGUCGUGCUGCGUAAAGACUUUGAAGAGCCAACCAACACACCCACCUCCAGAACAGGUGUUGAUAAACGCACUGAUCUAGUGGAUUCACUUCUACCCUAUCUGGAGUCAGAGGAGAAACGAGCGAAGACCAGAGGUGAUAGUGACGUCUUCUCCAAUGCUUCAGUGAAUAAACGCAGCGGUUCUCCUCAUUCCACUGAAGCCUUAUCAACAUCCACACCAUUACAUCCGACUGAAAAGGCUGCUUCAUCUACAAACACAAACAGAAAUGAGCAGGAACUCGACAGUCAGGAAAAAUCCAAUGGCUCUCCUCAGCUCAGUGAGCUUCUUUCGGAAAAUACACCUGUCAACGAAGAGGAAUUCCAGAACAAUCAAAUUACAACGACUUACACGAGUGGAACGGUCAGCACUGAAACCCAGCAGCACACCAGUGCUGUAUCCAGUGAAGAAGGUUCUCAUCAGGAUCGAGCGGAAGUCUCGCCUCACGGACAAUCUCCAGAGGUUGAAGAUCUCGGGAGAUGUUUAUCAGAGUCACUUCAGGUGUCCAGCAAUACCUCCACCAAUGAGAACACGACCAACGACCAGCGUGAAAACACGGACGAUUCUUCCAGUGAUGAUGAUUUCUGAAUUAUUUUUUUUGCUCUGAAUUUUUUUUUGCUUUGUUACCAGAAAAAUGUGAACUAAAUCAAUAACUGUAUAAUUUAAUGAGAAUAGUUUUACUGAGUUUUUAGUGUAUUUUUAAAGCCAAUUUAUUAAAACAGAGUAUUUUUAUUUUCCUUUUUUGCACCAUGGCACCGAAUUCUCUUCGUACAUUUCAUUGAAAUGUAGUUGAAGCUCAGUUUUAAACUCAUCAGCAGAACUGCCCUGUGUUUAUUGUAAUUUCUUUAGAAGUCCACAUCACUGCACUGAUGAGGAGUGUUAAAGUAGCGGCCAUGUUUCUUCGCAGUGUUUGCAGUGUUCCCAGUUAGCCUCUUGUGUGUGCUGUACUGUUGCUCUGUUCACAGAUUCCUAGGAAAAAAAAUAUUUUUACAGUCAAACUUAAACAUAUCCUGCGUUUUACUUGACAGUUGCCUCUGACAUGAUGUAGCCACUGUAAAAUGACCAGAGAGUGUCUUUACAAUAGCAAUACAUUUUCUAUUCUUCUCACUGUUUUGUGUCUGCGACUCAUUUUCUCUAAAUGAUUUAUAAUUCCUUUAUACAUUAGCAUUGGGUUCAAGCGAGGCUAAUGAAGCAUCACACAAUAUCUGCACAAGGUUUCGUUUAUGUUGCUAAACAUAUACAUUGGCAUCAAUGAAUAAAAUCAUGUUUUUAAGAUCAGAUGUCCACUCACCAGCCACUUAAUCCAAAAAGACUUAGCGGGCUUUUAGCUAUGUUUAUUUUUUCCAUUUAUUUUUUGCUAGCUAUUGAGGUGCUAACUUCUACCCAAUGCUCUUGGUUAAAUUUGACUACUUUUUAUCUAUCCUAAAUUAACAUAUCUAAAUCGAAUAUCAGCAAAUGUUAUUUACUUGGUGAAUAUUUAUGUAUAUGUUUAUUUUUGACACAGUGGGAUAAAUGCUGUUAUUUGUAAUAUUUCAAGAACAGCAGUUUAAGAGGAAUUACAGCUUUUUAAAUAAAGUAUAUAAAGUUUGAGUGGCCUGAGGACAUUUUCAUAUGAGUAUGAAGUGUCAAUUAU